AUGAAUAAUGUACGUGAAUAUAAGUGCCCAAUGGGCAGUCUUCGUCGGUGGCUGCCGUGCCACUGUUGGGAUUGGUUGAGCUCCGCGUCUGGACUCGGUUUACCCGAGUGGACUGGUUGUUCUCUCCUGUUGCCGGUUCUGCGUCGCUGGUGGAUCACCGUCGUUGUGAGGGGUUCCCAGGUCGUCCGUGGUUCGUGGGUCGUUUCCUCAGCGUCGGUAAUUAUUACCGGUCGGUUGAAUUGGGCAGGAGUUGAUUCUCCGUUCCCUAUGUCUGGUGGUUGUGUUUGGUGUCGUCGUGCCGGCGGCGUGUCAAGUCGAUGUCGUUGGCUUUGGUAUCGACAGUGA